CGUUGCCUGCUUGCUUGUCAGGAAGAAAGAGCUGCUGUGUUGAGGCCGAAAACUCAGACACAACCAGGACCUGGACGAUACUGGAAUACCUCUGAGGAAGGGAUAUCUGCUCUACCGGACAGCCUGAAGGCGCAGCCGAACCAACCGAGCUCCGGAGCGGCACCGGCCGAGUCCCCGCUGUCGAGGCCGCCGUGUGUUGUGUUUCUCCUCGUUGACUGUGUGCCGCUGCCUGCUGGUCACAGUAAUCCGGACCCGCCGCUAUUAAUGAGACUGAGAGUAGACCGGAGCUGCUGUGUGUCGACGCAGCCACAAACCUCUCUGAGAUUUAAGUCUUUAUCCAGCCCGCAGGAGAAAUAACGGCUCGGCUUUUGUUGCUAGUUACCGGGGCUAACGGCUGGAGCUCGCGGACCGGAUAAAAAGCUUCAACUAUAUGGAACAAGUCAGCGGCGGACUAUCGUGUCAUUUUAGCGCAAGAACUGUUAUGACUGCCCCACAGACACCAGUCUUAUUCUAAAGCAGCACCGUGGGCUUUGCUACCGGGGGAUUUACUUGACCGAGGCGGUAGAAAUCAGCAGUUUGAAGCCUCUCUGCAUCAGUGCCAUGAAUCAGCCUGGACAACAGCUGCUCCCCACAUAGAGGCCACCCUACCUCUCUUUUCAUUUGUCUCAGUCCAGAGGAUGCUGGGAAUGUGUCGCGGACGCAGGAAGUUUCUGGCGGCCUCCCUCGCCCUGCUCUUCAUCCCAGCACUCACCUGGCUUUACCUGUCAGUCGGGAGUUUUCAAGUUAAGCCCCUCCCACUCUCCCCGUUGGAGGCCCAAUCGUCCACACCAUUGGGCGGAGCUGGCGAGCGGCAGGCGUUGGAGUUGCGGGUUCGAGCAGUGGAGGAGGAGAACAGGGCAUUACGACGGGAGCUAAGCCGACCUCCAAGGAGCCCGGCAGCUCGCCUUCCAAAUGGCGGUCACCGUGGCAACCAAAGUCGAACCCAUUCAGAGGAGGGUACGGGCGACAAUGAGGGCCAGAAAGCUGUGGCGUUGGGAAACGCCUCCGACUGUGUCCAGCAACCAGUGGUGGAUAAGUGUGAGACCAUCCACGUGGCCAUUGUUUGUGCCGGUUACAACGCCAGCAGAGACGUGGUGACAUUAGUGAAAUCUGUGCUGUUUCACAGGCGGAAUCCCCUACAUUUCCAUUUCAUCACAGACUCCAUAGCUCAGCAGAUCCUGUCCUCUCUGUUCCACACCUGGAUGGUUCCUGCCGUCAGGGUCGACUUCUACGAUGCAGAUGAGCUGAAGUCUGAGGUGUCAUGGAUCCCAAACAAACAUUACUCUGGGAUCUAUGGCCUGAUGAAGCUGGUGCUCACCAAGACGCUGCCGUCCGACCUGCAGAGAGUCAUUGUCCUUGACACAGACAUCACCUUUGCCACUGACAUCGCUGAGCUCUGGGCUGUUUUCCACAAGUUCAAAGGUCAGCAAGUUCUGGGACUAGUGGAGAACCAGAGUGACUGGUAUCUGGGGAACCUGUGGAAGAACCACCGACCCUGGCCUGCCCUGGGUCGAGGCUUCAACACCGGAGUGAUCUUGCUUCUUUUGGAUCGGCUACGGAAGCUGAGAUGGGAGCAGAUGUGGAGGUUGACUGCAGAGAGGGAACUAAUGAGCAUGCUGUCUACGUCCCUAGCAGACCAGGACAUCUUCAAUGCUGUGAUCAAACAGAACCCCUUCCUGGUUCACCAGCUGCCCUGCUUCUGGAACGUCCAGCUGUCAGACCACACCCGCUCUGAGAAGUGCUACAAAGACGUGUCAGACCUGAAGGUGAUCCACUGGAACUCCCCCAAGAAACUGAGAGUAAAGAACAAGCAUGUGGAGUUUUUCCGGAAUCUGUAUCUAACCUUUCUGGAGUACGAUGGGAACCUGCUGCGGCGUGAGCUGUUCGGCUGUCCCAGCGAAGCCGACCACAACAGCGAGAAUCUCCAGAAGACUCUGUCUGAACUGGAUGAAGAUGAUCCAUGCUACGAGUUUCGGCGAGAACGAUUCACUGUCCACCGAACGCACCUCUACUUUCUCCACUAUGAGUAUGAACCCAGCUCUGACAACACCGAUGUGACGCUCGUCGCUCAGCUGUCUAUGGACAGGCUCCAGAUGCUGGAGGCCAUCUGUAAGCACUGGGAGGGCCCCAUCAGUCUGGCCCUGUACCUGUCCGACGCCGAGGCCCAGCAGUUCCUGCGCUACGCUCAGGGCUCUGAGGUGCUAAUGAGCCGGGGGAAUGUUGGUUAUCACAUCGUUUACAAAGAGGGACAGUUCUACCCAGUCAACCUGCUGAGAAACGUAGCCAUGAGGCAGGUCAACACACCCUACAUGUUCCUGUCAGACAUCGACUUCCUGCCCAUGUACGGAUUGUAUGAGUACCUCAGGAAGUCUGUGGUUCAGCUGGACAUGGCCAACACAAAGAAAGCUCUGGUAGUCCCGGCCUUCGAGACACUGAGAUAUCGCCUCUCCUACCCAAAGUCCAAGGCUGAGCUGCUCUCUCAGUUGGACAUGGGCACACUCUUUACCUUCAGGUAUCAUGUCUGGACUAAAGGACAUGCACCUACUAACUUUGCCAAAUGGCGGACGGCCACUACGCCCUACAGGGUGCAGUGGGAGGCAGACUUUGAGCCCUAUGUCAUGGUGAGGAGAGACAGUCCCGAGUACGACCGCCGCUUUGUCGGCUUCGGCUGGAACAAGGUGGCUCACAUCAUGGAGCUGGAUGCACAGGAGUAUGAGUUUGUGGUUCUGCCAAAUGCCUACAUGAUCCACAUGCCUCAUGCACCCAGCUUUGAUAUCACCAAGUUCCGCUCCAAUAAGCAGUACCGGGUCUGCCUCAAGACCCUCAAGGAGGAGUUCCAGCAGAACAUGUCGCGGCGCUACGGCUUUGCCGCCUUGAAAUACAUGACAGCUGAGAACAACAGCUAGCCACCACUGCAGAGCCUCUCACCCCCAGCCCUGAACUACUGACACUCCCCCGGCUGGGGAAGGGGGCACUAAAACAGGUGGCCUAUCAGGGGCCAUGUGGAGCGUUCUGGAUCCUUUGAGACUUGAGUCACUCAGACUUUGUUCGAACAUUUGACCUUCAGUCGUGGACUGCAGGGGUCUCUAUGUCCAUACUUUGUCUUCUGCUUUGGAAGGAGGCCAUAACACAGGAGGCCAUAACUCCAGGCAGGAUGUCAAAGCUGCACAUGAGUGACUGCUUCAGCCCAGGCCCAGAUCUGUGGACCCUGAACCCAGACCCUGGAGUCUGACCGGCAGCAGCAAAAGGAACGCAGACAUUCAGUGCUUUGCCAUAUUUGUAAGACCAGUGACAGAGCUGUGGGGUUGAUGUAACGUUAUGUACGUAUGCGUGUGUGUACAUGCAGGUAAAAGUGUGACUGUGUGUUCCUCUACGACGGAGCUUAACUAGAGGCUUAAGCAGAGCUGGAGGUGUGAAGCAUUGUGGGCUUACAUUCUGUUUGCACGCUGCACCGACGAACGCAUUCCAAGUGCCACAAAGUAACAAAACGCAGCUGCAGUUUGACUGACAGCUCACCCCAACUCCAAUGCAAAUCGUCACCGGGCGGCAAGAUAAGACAAAGCAGUAAACAUGUCUCCACAGAUUUGGAAAAUCUCAUUGCGAAGAGUGACACACACUCAGAUAUUCCGGCAAGAAGCCAGCCAGGCGACCAUCUGCUGUUGCUUAAUUUGUUUCAUAGCUGAUACAGAUCAGAAUAAAUCCUCCUCCUCAUAUGACAAGGGAAGCUAAAUGCAAGGAUGGCUGGAGGUCGUCCACACGGUUGAUAUUCAGGGUAUCUCCAGCAUCAGCCAGCGAGCAGUGGGUUUUGUUACACAAUCUGACAGCAGUGUGCUUUUUUUGUGUGUUUUAAAUUUGAUCCUGGUGCGGUGCGCUGUCUACUGGAAGUCCUGUCAGUGUGAAGCUCCCGCACACAAAGUGGAGCACGAGGCAAAGCUCCAAUCACUGAGCUCACUGUUUACUUUUCUUUGCAACAAUCAGUAUUAUCUCUCAGUGUGUUUACAGUCCUGAUGUGUGGAGCAGCAAGUGCUAAACCUAAAGUUUCACCGUCUUGUCAGCAGAGACAUUCAGACACUCUCUAUCUUUCUCUAUUUUGUCUCUUUGGCCUCCAGUCUCAUGGUGUAAACUGCAUUAGGCACCACAAAUGGAAGUUUUGAGUAGGAAUCCACCAGAGGACCACAGUCUAGUUACUGGAGACAUCUACAGACCUGGGCUCCUCUUCACUGUUCAGAGGAGUUAAAUAUUAUUUCUUUUGUCAACAAUAAAAUGGCUGAAAAUGGUAAAA